AUGGCGGGAUCCGGCACGGCUACGGCGACGUCGGAGAGGUGCGUGCAGGGGGUCAUACACGCGCCGCGAGAUGCCCGCACGAAGUCCCAGCAGUGCGCGCUGCUCUCGCCGCGCCUCGGCUCAAUGUGCCGGCUCUCCGUGUCGUCCCAUUACCGCCGAUGGCUUGGCGCCGUCUCCGCCACGAACGCUGGGAGGUUUGGCCUGGAUUACAACUCUGAGCUUCAGGUCACCGUGAGUCCUACACUUGACGGCUCUGUGGCCGAGGUCGUGCUCGUGGCGACCAACACCGGCGCCUCAUCACUCUGCCUGCACUGGGGUGCACUGCAGGAGGGGAGAAGGGAAUGGGUGCUGCCGUUGAGGAGGCCGGAUGGGACAAGGACGUACGAAGGCGCCGCUCUAAGGACUCCCUUCAAAAGUUCUGGUUCGAACUCUACAAUAAAAAUAGAGAUAGAUGAUCCAGCUGUAGAAUCGAUUGAGUUUGUUGUGGUUGAUGAGGCACAAAACAAGUGGCUUAAUAACAAUGGAAAGAACUUCAAAAUUCAUCUCCGAACGACAGAUCAGCAUGAGGAACAACGUUCUACUUCAACAAAAACAAGAGGACGCUCAUCAGCGGGAAGGAUUGUGCGCAAAAAUAGAGACGUCAUGCAGUUCCUCAGUAAACCAGCAUCCAGUCAAGUAAAUGGAUUUGUAGAAGCAGCGCCAAAGAGUCCUACAGGUCUUGAUCUUUUCUUGAAGUCACUACAGGAUAAAAAUGAUUGUGAAGUCCUCUGCACAAAGUUCUUCAAGCUGGGAGACAAUGAAAUUUUGGCAUUGUUAUUGGAAAAACAAGGUAGAACCAAAGUUCAAUUGGUCACAAACUAUGCAGAGCCACUUAUUCUCCAUUGGGCAUUGGCGAAGAAGGCUGGCGAGUGGAAGGCACCUCCUGCAACCAUAUUACCUCCCGGCUCAACAUUGCUUGAAAUGGCAUGUGAGAGCUCCUUCUCUGAAGCUACAUUAGAUGGUUUGCAUUACCAGGCUUUGGAGAUAGAGCUUGAUGAAGACAACUAUAAGGGGAUGCCUUUCGUUCUCCGAUCAAAUGAAACGUGGAUAAAAAAUAAUACGUCUGAUUUCUAUCUUCAGUUUAGAAGACCGGUUACUAAGAGUACAGAGGAUGGCACUGCUGGAGAAGGAACGGCAAAAGCUUUGCUGGAAACUAUAGCUGAUCUAGAGGAAGAUUCCCAAAGAUCUCUUAUGCAUAGAUUCAAUAUUGCUACUGAUCUGGUUGAAGAAGCAAAAGAUUCUGGAAAAUUAGGUCUUGCUGGACUACUUGUUUGGAUGAGAUUCAUGGCUACUAGGCAACUUAUAUGGAAUAAGAACUAUAAUGUGAAACCACGUGAAAUCAGCCAAGCACAAGAUAGGUUCACAGAUCUACUUCAAAAUCUAUACAAAACAUAUCCACAGUACAGGGAGAUAACAAGGAUGAUAAUGUCAGCUGUUGGCCGAGGAGGUGAAGGUGAUGUCGGCCAGCGUAUCCGUGAUGAGAUAUUAGUUAUACAGAGAAAAAAUAAUUGCAUGGGUGGAAUGAUGGAAGAAUGGCAUCAGAAACUACACAACAAUACAAGCCCAGAUGAUGUGGUGAUUUGCCAGGCACUUAUGGACUAUCUCAGUAGUGACCUUGACAUUAAUGUUUAUUGGGACACACUGAACAAGAAUGGUAUAACAAAGGAGCGGCUAUCGAGUUAUGACCACCCUAUUCAUUCAGAACCAAAUUUAAAGAGUGAUCAGAAGGAAGGUCUACUCCAUGACUUAGCAAACUACAUGAGAAGCCUCAAGGCUGUUCACUCUGGUGCUGAUCUAGAAUCUGCUAUAGGAACAUGCACAGGGUACAGGGCGGAGAGCGAAGGUUUCAUGGUUGGUGUCAAGGUCAACCCUUUGAAUGGAUUACCAUCUGGGUAUCAAGAGUUGCUUAAGUUUCUCCUUGACCAUCUUGAGGAUAAAUCAGUGGAAGCACUUGUUGAGGGUUUGCUGGAGGCACGAGCUGAAGUUCGUCCUUUACUGUGUGGAUCACAAGAACGCUUGAAGGAUCUGAUCUUUCUGGACAUCGCCCUUGACUCUACUGUUAGGACAGCAGUUGAAAGGUCUUAUGAGCAACUUAACAACGCAGAACCUGAGAAAAUCAUGUACUUCAUCAGUAUGGUACUUGAAAACCUUGCUUUGUCCACUGAAGACAACGAGAACCUCCUUUGCUGCUUAAAGGGGUGGAACCAUGCACUUGCAAUGGCGAACAACUUUGAUGACCAAUGGGCAUUGUAUGCAAAAGCAUAUCUUGAUAGAACUAGACUUGCACUUGUAACCAAGGGAGAAGAAUACCAUCAUACCCUUCAGCCUUCUGCUGAAUACCUUGGCUCCUUACUUGGAGUUGAACAAUGGACAGUUAAUAUAUUUACUGAAGAAAUUAUUCGUAGUGGGUCAGCAGCUUCACUGUCUCUACUUCUAAACCGUCUUGACCCUGUUCUUAGGAAUAUUGCAAACCUAGGAAGUUGGCAAAUAAUAAGCCCAGUUGAAGUCAUAGGUUAUGUGACUGUGGUCGAUGAAUUGCUCACUGUUCAAAAUAAAUCUUAUGAUAAGCCAACAGUUUUGGUUGCAAAAGCUGUCAAGGGAGAGGAGGAAAUACCUGAUGGUGUUGUUGCUGUCCUUACACCAGACAUGCCAGAUGUCUUGUCACAUGUCUCUGUUCGAGCAAGGAAUAGCAAGGUAUUGUUUGCAACAUGCUUUGACCCAGAGAUUUUGUCUGAACUUCAACGAAAUGAUGGGAAGUUAAUUUCAGUAAAGCCUACUUCUGCUGAUAUAAGCUACAGAGAGACAGCAGAGAGUGAACUUCUGGUUGCAAAUUCCUCAACUGCAGAAGAUGAUAAAUCAGAGCCAUCUAUUUCACUAGCCAAGAAGCAAUUUCCUGGAAAAUAUGCAAUAUGUGCUGAUGAAUUUUCUGAUGAAAUGGUUGGAGCUAAAUCACGGAACAUAGCAUACCUAAAAGGAAAAGUACCUCCAUCUGUUGGUGUCCCAGCGUCAGUAGCACUCCCAUUUGGAACCUUUGAAACAGUUUUGUCCGAUAAGAUGAACAAGCAUGUAGCCCAGAAUGUAAAGCAUCUAAAGGAAAAACUCAGUCAAGGAGAACUUAGUGCACUUGAUGAAAUCCGAAAUGCUCUUCUGAACCUGAUAGCUCCUAGUAAUUUAGUGAAAGAGCUCAAGGAGAAGAUGCAAGAUUGUGGAAUGCCCUGGCCAGGGGAUGGUGAACAACGUUGGGAACAAGCAUGGACAGCAAUUAAAAAGGUUUGGGCCUCGAAAUGGAAUGAGAGAGCAUACUACAGCACUCGUAAAGUGAAGCUUGAUCAUGCUUACCUGUCCAUGGCUGUUCUUGUGCAAGAAAUUGUCAGUGCAGACUAUGCUUUUGUGAUACAUACCGUUAACCCAUCAUCUGGAGAUCGUUCAGAGAUAUAUGCUGAAAUUGUGAAAGGCCUUGAGACCCUUGUAGGGGCCUAUCCGGGUCGUGCCAUGAGCUUUAUUUGCAAGAAGGAUGAUCUCAACUCUCCGAAGGUAUUGGGCUAUCCAAGCAAGCCAAUUGGUCUCUUCAUAAAGCAAUCAAUCAUAUUUCGUUCUGACUCAAACGGCGAGGAUUUGGAAGGCUAUGCUGGGGCUGGCCUCUAUGAUAGUGUGCCUAUGGACAACGAAGAAGUAGUAGUUCUUGAUUACACAACCGAUCGCCUCAUUACAGACGUUAGCUUCCGUAACACAAUCCUCUCGAGCAUUGCUCAUGCUGGAUAUGCAAUUGAGGAGCUCUAUGGGUCUCCUCAGGACAUUGAAGGAGUGGUGAAGGAUGGGAAGAUAUUUGUAGUCCAGACAAGACCACAAAUGUGA